AUUCUGCGCGUGUUUGAAUGUAGCAAUUGUCGAUUUAGUCAACGAUUUGCUCUCUUUCUCGCUCAUGUACAACUGAAUUGGUAUGUUGCACCCUACUCUAGCAAAAAUCAAAUGGCGUCGUGCAAAAAUUGAAAGAACGCUACUUUUGAACGCAAUUUACCUGUAAAUCCAAUCUUUUUGUGAGUUUUAUCUGUUCCACGGUGUAAAGAACAUCUUACCGGGUGUCUGGUGGAUGUGUCUGCAUGUCUGAGAUGAUAGAAUUUUGUGAUUUGCAUGAGAUGUUUUGAACAUGUCGAGUGAAACAAGUUCAACAAAUAGUCGCAGCAGUCCGACCACCGCUCAGUCCAAGAGUCGCGGGCCGGGGAGACCCAAGAAGAAUCCCAUGACUCCAUGCACAUGGUGUGCCGAGACGAAAAUACCGCUAAAAUAUGUGCUGCCCACGCAAAACGGGAAAAAGGAGUUCUGCUCCGAAGUUUGCAUCACAGAGUUCCGGAAAGCAUACAGCAAGGGUGCCUGCAUUCAGUGCGAUAAUGUGAUCCGGGAUAAUGCACCCCACAGGGACUUUUGUUCAACCUUCUGCAUGAAUAAGCAUUCAAAGAAGUUGGCUUCGGCCAAUGGUGGGUCUGUCAACAGCAACUCCGGACAGUCAACGCAUAGCAAUAACAAUAACAUUGAGAAUGUCAACGACAGCAAUGGGAAUCACGAUGGUCGUGGCAGUCCCAUCAUCCAGUCGGGUCCAUUCCAAUUUGAGCAACUUCACGUAUUCAACUGGGAUGAGUACCUUAAGAAAACUGGAAGUGUUGCUGCACCACCAGAAUGCUUUAAACAAGCCCUCGAUCCACCUGAGAAUAAUUUCAAAAUGGGUAUGAAAUUGGAGGCCUUGGAUCCCCGAAAUGUCACCUCGACGUGCAUAGCGACUGUUGUGGGUGUCCUAGGAGCCCGGCUUAGGCUCCGUCUUGAUGGGAGUGAUAACAAAAAUGACUUUUGGCGUCUCGUGGACUCUGACGAGAUCCACCCAAUUGGGCACUGCGAGAAGAACGGUGGAAUGCUGCAACCUCCGCUGGGUUUUCGGAUGAAUGCCAGCAGCUGGCCCACGUUCCUCUGCAAGACCCUCAAUGGAGCUACCACGGCACCUGAGGAGAUUUUUCAGCGAGAGCCACUAACCCCACGAGGAAAUUUAUUUAAAGUGGGUCAAAAAUUGGAGGCUGUCGACAAGAAGAAUCCCCAGUUAAUUUGCUGUGCCACCGUCGAUGCUGUCAAGGAUGAUCAAAUUCAUGUUACAUUUGACGGAUGGCGAGGUGCUUUCGAUUAUUGGUGUCGCCACGACUCAAGGGAUAUUUUCCCAGUAGGUUGGUGCGCACGAAGCUGCCACCCAAUACAGCCACCGGGACAAAAAAGUAAAUUUGAUUCUGCAUCUAACAAUAAGCACACAAAGCGCUCGAGUUUUGGUGUCGGAAGUGACGGCGACGCAUUGACGCCCACUAAACCCGUCACGGUGCAUUUUCACACGCGAUGCCGAGGUGGUCCCUACAUCAAUAGCUCACGCUUGCCAUCGAUGGUGACAGCACCCAGCCAUUCGACCCUUGCCAAGCUAUGCCUUCAAGAAAUUCUAGCUGCCAGCACCAAUACGUCACAAAUGUCUCAGCUGCUCUUUGCACUGGAUGGCGAGGUGCAUAUUGUCACGGCAGCUGGGAAGAAUUUCACAGUCAAAAUACCAAGUUAUUUGCGCAAGAAAGGAAAUACAGCCAUGGCGGAAUUCCUUGAAACACUCUGUACUACAGUAAAGAGCUGUAACAACCUGAUAACCCUCGACCCGGGACCGGAUAAUUGUCCGAAUUGUGCGUCACCACCCAAGAGACCUGUGGAGACUGAAACAGUUGCCCCUGGUCCCAUUAGUCCCAAGCGAAAACGUGUUGCCGAACAAGAGACCGCAACCUCUACUACGACAAACGAUUCGCCAAUUCCAUCCUCUUCGACAGGAACAUCAUCAUCACCUUGCCCAGUUGUGAAUCAACAAAAUCCAUCGGGGAGCCCUCAGAUGCCCACAUCCUCACCAAGUGAGUGGACCAUUGAGGAAGUUAUUGAUUAUAUUGCCAUCACAGACUCAGCUCUAGCCAUUCAUGCAGAUCUUUUUAGGAAACAUGAGAUCGAUGGGAAAGCCCUUCUUCUUCUCAAUUCAGACAUGAUGAUGAAGUACAUGGGAUUGAAAUUAGGACCAGCUUUAAAAAUAUGCAAUUUGGUUACACGAGUUAAGGGACGAAGGCCGCUAAGUUUCAAAGAAUAGAUGACGGGAUAAAACGACCGAGUGAUGCUGUGGAAAAUGUUCCAAAAAUUCAAGCAAAAAAGAAAAAAAAACAAGGUGAUAGAGUCAUGUUUAUAAAUGCAAAAAAAUGCAUUUUAGUACGUAAAUUUCUUUCUGACUAGUUUGGUUAGACUUAUCAAAGAAAGACGUUUAACAACAUAAAGUAGUACAUAUAUGUAUGUAAUACUACCUACUGAAAACAUUUUUUUCUCUUGAAUUCUGCAUAAUCGAAAUUAAAAUGGAAUUUAAUUUUGAGAACAUUAUUGUUUAAUUUUUUUUUAUUUAUAUAAAUGGAAGAAAAUUUCUUUGUGAUAAAUCCAUUACGAUUUAGAUUCAUUUAAAAGGUAAAUUUUUAAAGCAGAUUUCUUAGAUUUUCUGCAAGUCCCUAAUAAGUUUGUUUAGUUGAAAUAGAAAGAGAAAUUGCUAAUAUGUGGUACUAUAAUGAGAAAUCUUGAAAGUUUAUUUUUUGUCCCAUUUGGAUUACAAUAUUAGCCCUUUUAGAAAGAAAAAGGAAACAUAAUUCCAUUGCAUCACUUCAACAUUGUAUACUGAUGAAGUGUUUGACUCCUUUCAUAUAGAUACGCUUGUGAAAAAAAAAUGGGCUAAAACAAUUAAUUAAAUUCCCUACAUUGCAUUGAUUAGUCUCACAAAUAGAGAGAGAGAGAGAGAAGUUGGGCAAUAGAACUCCUUUCAUGUGUAAUCACACCCCGAAAAAAGCAUAUUCCCCAAAAUAUUAGGAACUGAGAGUAAAAAUUUUGAAGGAAUAUAAUUUAUAAUGCAUUAUCAUUCAGUUCCUUGCGAUAUAGGAUCCUAUUGUUAAAUUUCGUAUGAAGAAUUUAAUUAAAAAAAAAACAACAAAAGUAAUUUGUUAUUGAAUUUACAUAUAGCAGAAACAAAACAAUAACUUAAAUAGAGCACACAUGUAAUUUUUCUGGAGAAUUUUCCAGCCUUUCAAAAUAGCAAGCAAACGAUCAAAUUGUGUUUUUGCCUCAAGACAUCACGCAAUUUUUCAAUACAAAACUCUAAUGAUAAAUGCAUGCUGUACUUUUUUGUGUAUCAUAUCUUCACUAUAAGGUUAUAGUUUUUAAGAAGAAAAAAGUAUAUAAGAUGAUUUGAAAAGUGAAAUAUGUAUGUAAAUAUAGAAAUUUUGAGAAAUUAUAUAUAUUAUCACAUCAAUAAAUUACAAAGAAUUAAUGAAAAA